GUAAUGGAUUAGGGCAUUUACAUGGAAAACGUGUCAAAUUUUCGAGUUACGAAAUUUCUUCCAGAACCAAUUAAUUUCGUAAGGAGCGGUACCACUGUAUUUAAAAAGACUCAUUCCCUAUCUGCUUCUGGUGAUGCUAUGGUUGCAGACAGAGAACCGAACGGGGGAUAUAACCCAACCUGUUAUCCAAGAAUUCAAAGUUGGGAGGAUCUGAAUCAAACCAACGGGGAACAUUUCUACCAAAGUACAUGCGCCGCGCUGCCAAUGAAAAUUUUUAUAUAGUACAUAUUGCCUGGGGGAUGCUUAUUUAGGCUACUCUGGAUUCAAGACAAGAUAUUCUGAAACUCAAUAAAUGCACUCGUAUUAAAACAAUAACUAAAUGUAGGAAUAUUGUAAUAAAAUCAGAGGUCGCAUUCAAACGAGACAAAAGAUGUCUGGAAUAUGACACAACAAUUAGAUGACAGAAAAAGUCAUAAGAUAUUGUAAAUCAUACAAUAGCUUUUUUUUUUAAACAUACAUGUCCUUACCCCUGUUAUUGUAUACAACACAGGUGUCAAACCCAGGGCCCGGGGCCCAGACCUGGCCCACCACAUCAUUUUAUGUGGCCCGUGAAGGCAAAUCAAACAUAAAAUUCUCAGAAUGUAAUAGGAGACAUAUUGUCAGCAUUUUCUUGCACCAAACCCCUCAUAACAGUAACUUAAACAAAAGUUAAUAAACCAUUAUUAUUGACUUUUUUAUGUGGUUUCAGUCAUAACGGCCCUCCAAGGGAAAUAUGGCCCAUGACAAAAAUGAGUUUGACACCCCUGGUAUACAAUGUAUAUGGUAUUUGUGCUGUAUACUUUUAACAUGUUUUGGCAUUUGUUUUGUAAUGUGUAAUGUGUGCCUUGAGUGGGGAAGGGCUCAUUCCCAAGAAAAUUUCACGUGAGCGGUAAUCUUCUCAAGUGGAACACUGCUGCUCAUGUUACCAACAAGCUGCCUCCCGUUACUUGACAACAAGGGAACACAGUGGAAUGUAAUAAUCCUCUCCACCUCACCCCUCUACAUAGACCACCCCUUAUUGCAAUAAAACAAGCAGAUUUUAGCAAACAGCAAAGUUCUGAAAUUUGGAUACCGCUUCACAAUUUUCUUUCUGGAAAAUAUUUUGUUGUUACCUUAUUUCACUUUGUGAAUGACAUUUCAGAGAAUGGGAAUUAAUGCUGGACUCAAUGUUUCAAGUGACGAUAUACCUUAUGGAGGAAAAAGUUCCUUUUCCCAACUGGAGCACAACAUAGUGGCUGCAUAUCUUAUAACUGCAGGUAUCAUCAGUCUCCUGAGCAACAUUGUCGUUCUUCUAAUGUUUGUUAAGUUUAAAGAGCUGCGCACUGCUACCAAUUUUAUCAUCAUCAACUUGGCCUUUACUGACAUUGGGGUAGCAGGCAUUGGCUACCCCAUGUCAGCUGCCUCCGAUAUCCACGGAUACUGGAAAUUUGGCUACACUGGUUGUCAGAUUUAUGCAGCUCUCAACAUCUUCUUUGGCAUGGCAAGCAUUGGCCUGUUGACUGUGGUGGCCAUAGACCGAUACUUCACAAUUUGCAGGCCUGACAUAGGGCAGAAAAUGACAGUGCGUUCAUACAAUCUUCUGAUUCUGGCAGCAUGGCUUAAUGCGUUGUUCUGGUCCACCAUGCCUAUCGUGGGCUGGGCUGGCUAUGCCCCAGACCCAACUGGAGCUACAUGCACCAUUAACUGGCGGCAGAAUGACGCAUCUUUCAUUUCUUAUACUAUGAUGGUGAUUGCUGUCAACUUCGUCGUCCCCCUGUCCGUCAUGUUUUACUGCUACUACAAUGUGUCUGUCACAGUAAACAGAUGCAAAGCAAGCAACUCUCUGGAUAACAUUAAUAUUGACUGGUCGGAUCAAAUGGAUGUAACAAAGAUGUCCAUUGUGAUGAUCGUAAUGUUCCUUGUGGCCUGGUCUCCAUACUCCAUCGUGUGUCUCUGGGCAUCCUUUGGUGAUCCCAGAACAAUUCCUGCACCCAUGGCUAUCAUCGCCCCUCUCUUUGCGAAGUCCUCCACUUUUUACAACCCCUGUAUUUAUGUAAUUGCUAACAAAAAAUUCCGAAGAGCCAUUCUCGGAAUAAUCCGGUGUCAAACCAGACAAAGAAUCACCAUCAAUAGUCAGGUUCCUAUGACAACUUAUCAACAACAUCUGGCCCAGUGAGAUAACCUCUUCCGUGUCACAAAUUUUCAAUUCGAUGCAUGUGUACAAUUCAGUGCAUAAAUAUAUAAAAAUGGCAUAGAAUAAAUCAC